AUGUCUGGAGAUGCCUCUUCCAAGCGGCGGACGUUGUCCGAGACCUCGGGCAACAGCCCUAAGCGGCCGCGGCUGGAAAAGGAAACGUCUUCAAGUCCGACAAAAACACCAACGCUUCGCCCUGCGAAAAUUGUGUACGCGGGUUCCACACCGGUUGGCCCAGACCCAUUGCGUGAUUGUCAGGCCAAAAUUGCAGAGGACAUUCAGUCCCUCGAGUGGAAUCAAACACGGCAUACCGCCGCGAACAGCCAAGGGUUCGACAUGCUCGAUGAGCUUCGACAAAUUCGGCAUGACGUGAGCCAACUUCAGUCCGGCCUCAGACGGACUGAGGCAGAACUCGCACAGACUCAGUCGAAGCUCGGACAGACUCAGUCCGAACUUCAGGUCGUUCGUCAACGGGCUCGCAUCAACGACGCCUUACAUCAGACAAGCAAAGACGUCCGUCGACGGGCGAUUCUCAGCUUUCACCGUGACUCCCAUCCAACCCACCGACAAGAUGAGGAGCUGUGCAGAGAAAUCCGCGGUCUUAACAAAGGGUCUGUUCACGGCGGGAAUGUCCUCGCGGACGCCCACGCGAUCAAGGAAUAUUAUACCUCGACGGACAUGGCACAUCGCGAGGUGGCGUACGAUGCUUUCAAAACUUUAUAUGGAACCACCCCUGAUAAUAUCCUGCAAGCUGACGUACCAAGCACGGCAGCCUCUGUUCGCACGCUUAACUCAAUUGCAACACAACUGUAUAAGCUGCCAAAGCGUCACCUUACGGAAGAGGCAUCUCAGAAACGCCAGUCCCUUGUGGAACUCUUGAACCGACGUCAGUACGAGAAAGCGGAGCUGUUUUGCGAGGAGAACAACGAAUUUUUUGCGUUGCCCGAGAAGGGUCAAGAGUCGAAGCUACUGGUUCACGAGCAAAACCACCCGACCAGACAAGAUGAAUCAACCCUUCCGUCAAAUCGUCGACCAAACCGCAGUCAUGGGCGGAAGCGUGGGCGUCGACGGGCGUAA